GGUUCCCGAUUUGGUGGUGAAGAAGAGAAAUUAGACAGGCUAGAGAGUGGGUUUCAAAAGAGAAUGAGAGAUCGUUUGAGCAAGGUGGAGAAAAAGAUUCGAUUUGACGCAGAAAACAAACCCAAGAGUUCUGGUUUUGAAAGGGAAGAGUAA